AGUGAGGACAAACUUGCAAGAAGCAGAGCAUGCAGAAAAAGCUCCGCAAGACAACAGUGCAGCAGCUCGGCGGGUUUUGAAGCUACAGAGGCAGCAGAGCUUGUUGCGGAUUACAAUGAUUGCCACAACUCAACAAAACAUGACCACGGAGCUGGACCUGGGCAGUUCAGAUGGUCCCCCGCGGAACUGGAAGGGCAUAGGAAUUGCCAUGGUGGUGAUCCUGGCUGUUAUGUCUCUGGUCAUCCUCUCUGUCAUCCUCCUCACGCCUGAUGUAUCUAAAUUGUUACUCCGUUCCCAUCUCACUAUGGAGGAUCUGGAGAGUGAAGAGUUCAAAGUUCAUGACCCCUGUGUGGCAUGGUUGAACGAAAACGAAGUGGCUCUCCGCACCAGAGAAGGACACGUCCUGUCCUUCAGCCUCAACAGCAACCUCACCUCGACUCUGGUGGACAACAGCUCUCUGGACCUGACCACUACUAAAUUCCAAGUGUCUGCAGACAAGAUGUUUGUCCUCUUGGCGUAUAACAUUCGACCGGUGUUCUCUCAGUCCUUCACAGCCUCCUAUGCUUUCUACAAUGUGGCUAAUGGGGACCUGCUGGAGCUUAACCCUCCGGAGAGAGAGAAAGCAGCGCUACAAUAUGCUUCCUGGGGGCCUCAGGGGAGCCAGCUGGCCUAUAUGUUUGAAGGAGAUAUCUACUACAAGUCGAGUGUGACCAGCAAAGCCCUGCGUCUCACAACCACCAACCUGGAGCAGAAUGUGGUGAACGGGCUGUCUGACUGGACUUAUGAAGAGGAAGUGCUCUUGACAUAUGUUGCCCACUGGUGGUCUAUGGACGGGGCCCGGCUGGCGUACCUCACCAUAAACAACUCUGCCACACCUGUGAUGGAAAUACCUCACUUCUUAGGGGGUCUCUACCCCUCCAAUGUGCUCUUCCCCUACCCAAAGGCUGGCUCAAGUAUCCCAUCAGUCAGUCUGUUUGUGGUGAAUCUGUACGGUCCAGCUCACACUCUGGAGAUGAUGCCUCCUGACUCCCUCAGGGCCAGAGACAGCUACAUCUCCAUGGUGACUUGGAUCAGCAGCACCCGCCUCGCAGUUCGUUGGCUGAACCGUGCCCAGAACCAAUCAGUGCUGUGCGUGUGCGAGGCUACCACAGGGGCGUGCUCAGAGAAACACAAAAUGGCCAUGGACAUAAUGCAAAACCAACGGCAGGACGUGCCAUUGUUUUCAGCAGACGGCUCCGUGUUUUAUACAAUUCUGCCAGCAAAACAGGGCGCUCGUGGAGAGUUUCACCACAUCGCCGGUCUUUCAGCCCAGCCACCAGUGCCUUCAUUAAAAUACCCAAAGGUGAUCUGCAGUUCUUCAGUAGUGUUGAGUAACUUGCUGUGUGUUUUUCUCAUCAUCAGCUAUUUCCUGAGUGCAGAAGAAUCCAGACAAAGCAGACACCUUUACAGUGUGGACCUGGAUGGAGUGUUUCAGCGCCAGUGCAUCUCCUGUAACCUCAUAGAUGGAUGUCGCUUCUUUAAAGCUCAAUUUAGCCCCAAUAAAACCCACUUCACCCUCUACUGUCUAGGCCCAGGAAUCCCUAAAGUGACAGUUCACAGUACAAAGGACCCCUACAGAUACGUCGUCUUGGAGGAUAACAGCCCUCUGUCUAAAGCUCUGGAGGACAAGAGGCUCCCUGAGACUCUGUUUAGGACACUCCCAGCAGACAACCAUGAUGUACACCUGAAGCUAUCUCUACCGCAGGGUUACGAGGCCAACCUGCACCCUCUCCUCAUCAUUGUGGAUGGUGUUCCUGGCUGUCAGUCGGUGACAGAGGAAUUUGCUCUCGACUGGCCUCAGGUCCUCUCGGGCACACACAAUGUGGCUUUGGCAUGGGUGGACGGCAGGAGUGGGGUUGGCCGUGGACAGAAGACCACCACUGUGGAUCCACGCAAGCUUGGCUCAGUUAGAGUCAGAGAUUAUCUGGGAGUUGUCGAGUUGUUGAUGCAACUGCCUUAUAUUGACGAUCGUCGGAUGGUCCUCUAUGGCAAGGCAUUUGGAGGUUAUUUAACUCUCAAGAUGUUAGCUGCAACAGAUAAACUCUUUCAAUGCGCAGCCACUAUGGCACCGGUAACUGACUUCAGGCUUUAUAGUGCUGCAUUCUCAGAGAGGUAUCUAGGCCUUCCAGCAAAGGAGGAGCACGCUUACUCUACUACCUCUUUGCUGGAGGAGGUUAACAAGCUGAAAGAUGAGAAUUUCCUUAUUCUACACGGAACUGCAGAUGCGAGGGUACACUUCCACCACACCGCUGAGCUCCUGAGCCGACUGGUGAGGGUGGAAGCCAACUACUCACUGCAGCUGUACCCAGACGAGGGCCACAUUCUGAGAGAGCCACGCAGCAUCCAGCACUUCCAGCGGACAGUGGUGAACUACCUCCAAGGCUGCUUGAAGCACAGCAACCUCCUAGAUCCUGAAGAGGAUCCCGAGGAAGAAGAUGAUUGAGCCAAGACCCCCUUUUCCAUCCUUGUGGAAGGACCAUCUUUGGACUGUGUGCCAUUUUAUGCAUUAACUUGGGUCGGAUUACUAGGCACAAGAGCACAGGAGUGGGGACCAAACACAUCAGAUCACCUCCUACAAAUUCUGGAAAAAUUGAUGUACUGUAAACCAUGUUGCACACAAUUAUUUCUGCUGUUAUACUGUAUGUUUUGAGGCCCUGCUUUUUUUUUUUUUUUUACAAAAGUCACUCGAGAUGUUGUGGACUAGAAGGCAUACUGAGUUUGCCAAAAGUUUACAAAGAUUUUAAAACGUGCAUGUCGUAAUGGCUGCAUGAUGUGGAUUAGUUUACAUUGUAGUUUCUGUGUUACGCAGACCUAAAUCCCACCCAUCAACGUUAAAAGUGUGAAAUCUUCCAACGGCUGGGUACACAUUGGAAGACUUAAAAAAAUCCUUAUCACAGGACUACAGGAUCCCAGAGUUGAGAUGGCGCCGCAUAUGGCGACUCGGUGUGUUUGUGCAUGUUGCUUUAAUGUGACUUGCACAUACGAUACCAAGACACAUCCCUUGUGUGUGUGUAAACAUACUUGGCAAUAAAGCUUUUCUGAUUCUGAUUGUGAUUCAGAUUUAUGCAGAUUCCAGUUAUACAAAAUUAAACAAUAUGGACGGUUCUAAAACAUUAGAUUUUAAUCCUAAACUCUAAAAUAACUAAAGAUAAAUAAGUCUGCUGACUGACGUGGGCAGACUCCAAGAUCUUUAAGAUGUCAUUGUAAAAUCAGAAUCAUUUUUUGGUCUUUUUACACAGUGUGUUCCCGGCUAAAAUAAAGUUAAAUGAAGCAUAUGGAUCAUUCUAAAUGUGCCACAUACAUUUAGAUGACUUUAUCCAGUGGUUUUAUUUGCAUUACUUGCAUUAUAUGAUUACGAAUGAGUAUGCAACUUUACACCACAAGCUCUGAUUCUAGGGUGAUUGCAAGAACGUCCAUGUAGGUCUGUCUAUUUACUGUUUGUGUAAGUACAGUAUGUUUCUGUUUUGGUACAUCUUGGCAUUUUGAACAUUUCUUGUGUAUUAUGUUUGGACAAACUGUUGAGCCUUACCUUACAGUCCACACAGUUAGUGGACAGUGGGCUUGAGCAUCAAACUAUCAACCAAACCGUACUGGUAAACUGCAUGCAGUUGGUUUGAAACUGAAUGCCCUUGACUCUACACAACCGGCUACUCCUUUUUGCCAACAGUCCUUGACAAUAAAGUUUGAACUUCUUGUUUUACAGCAA